UUUGUAACUACGAAGGAGGUUUCUUCGAAGUCACAGGAUCGCAAAAUGGUGGACAGUCGCGGAUGGGAAACGGAACCAUUUAGGGAUAAUACAUCUGCUGAUGUGGUUGCUCAGGUGCAAAAGAAGUACUUGCGGUUCCUUAAUGAUUAUGCAUCACAGUUAAAAGCUGUUGAAGAUGCUCUGGAUGACACGGUUGGAGAUGCAUGGGACUUCACUCUUGAUCCCAUUUCACUCCAGGCACUUCCCUGUGAGCAAGCCAAGCUGCUGGAGCUGAUCAAGACUGACAAUAAGGUCUUCAAUAAAGUGAUAACAGUCCUUGCUGCACUAUGCUGUGAAAUGCAAGAACUCAAGCAUGAGGCUGAAACAAAGUAUUAUGCCCCAUUGCUACUCUAUGAAGAAUCCUUGGAGGAAUGCAGUUUAGAAGAGGGAGAAGCUCAGAUAAAAAUUGGAAGAAUGCUGUCUUUCUUGAAGGAUGUUUCAAAUUUUGUUCAAAGGUCAUACGAAGUUGUGAAAAACGUUCUACUCCAGUUGGCUUCCUUGUACAACAGGGGUGGAGGAACUCAGGCUGUUAUGGGUGUAACAGAUGUUCACUUCACGGUUGUCUUUGAGCACCUUGGGGAUUUGCUUGGAGUGCUCAUGACUCUAGAUAAGAUUGUUGGAAACAGCGCCAUCUUUAAAGACCACUGGAAAUUGUAUAAACGAAUGCUUAAAUCAGUACACAACAAUGCAACAAGGUUUGGUGUCGAUGAAAGCAAGCUUAGGCCAUUUGAAAAGCUUAUUAUCGAGCUGGAGGGCCAAGUUCUUGGAAAUGACGUCAUCUUUACGAAUUGCAUACGGCAGCACUUUGAUACGAGGUUUGUGCCAGUUGCGAGGAAUCCAGCAUUAGCCGAGGAGUUCAUGACGUGUAUGAGGCUGAUAUUUGCUGACAUAGAAAGCAGAAUCGGUGAAGCAAACGAAGUGAAUCAAAGACACAAAUAUGUCAGUCUUCUUGGCCUCUUCGUCUUACACUUAACAAUCUACAGAAAUGUAGACAAACGAUUUGUGAAGCAAAUAUGGGAUGUUUACAAGAAAGUGCCAGCUAUCCAUCUUGUUGGCAAUAUACUCCUCUUCCCUGACGAAUUUCUAUUGUCACAAGCCCCGGCUGUAGCGAAUUUUCUUGAUCGGAGGCAAAUCGAGGCUGUAAAAACUGCCAGAGUGACCUACUUGAACACUUGUAACCAGUCUCUUACAAAGGAAGCGCAGAGGUUGUAUCUAUUGAUAAACUCGUGGAUGAUAAAAAUGGAAUCAGCCACAUUUGCUGAUGACUUCAACAACAAGGCUGUUUUGUUUAUUCAGGGAAUACUGUAUGCGUACACUAUAAGUCACAUGAUUAGAACCAUAAUGAACCUGCACGUUGCCUUGUCAAAGCCGAUGACGAAAUCAGCUGUUUUGGCAUUCUGCAGACUUAUUGAACUUCUCAAGGCAAUCGAGAAUACGUUCCACCGCAGAAGCAUGCUGGUAACAGAUAUGAUCCUCUACAUCAUUCACUUUCUGUCGGUGAAUUCUAUCUCAGUUAUUGACAUUGCUAAGAAUUUGAUUACAGCUGACAAAAAAUACACAGAUCGCAAACUUGAUAUGAUUGCUGCAUAUCAGCUAGCUCAAAAUGCAUUAGACGGUGUUGGCACCAAGGAAAGGCGACUAAUUUUAUCCCUUGCUUUGCAAGCUGGAAGUGCCCAGAGAAUCUUCAAAGAAGAUGAGUAUAACAAGCUUCAAGGACUUUUAAGAAAGCUUGAGAUACUUGUGGAUUUGAGAAUUCACAUCCGGAAUGCUUGCGAUUGCAGCUUUCUCUACUGGCACCGCGUAAUUAUGCCUGUGUACCUGACUGACUUAUUUGAUAAUGCAAUUGAUGUCCAUCGCCUACACUACAUUUUUGUUGCCCUUCGUGACUGUGCUCCGCAGCUACGCCUCGGCGGACACGAAGAAUCAUCUGAUGCGCUGGUCGAAGCCUUUGAUAAAGAGGUUACAGCAAUUUUGAAAGAGAAUCUUCUGGAUCGGUUGUGCAACGCAAUUGAAACUGAUCUCAGGCUCAGCAUCCACCGUCAUCUGCAGCUUGAUGACAGAAACCCUUUCAAGGUUGGGUAUAAAGAUUUGUCGCAGUUUUUGAAAAUGAAGCCUGUGAGGUUCUUUGAUAGAUUUAUCAACAUCAAAGUUUAUGUCACCCAUUAUUUGGACAAGACAUUCUACAAUCUAACGACAGUUGCCCUGCACGACUGGAAAACAUAUGGUGAAAUGAGAAACCUUUGUGUACAGAAAUAUGGCCUCACAAUGACAGAAGUUCAUUUACCAAGUCAAACGUUAGAGCAGGGCCUAGACGUCCUUGAAAUCAUGAGAAAUAUACACGUUUUUGUUGCAAAAUAUGCAUACAAUCUCAACAACCAGAUCUUCGUAGAGAGAGCCUCGAACAACAAGCAUUUGAACACAAUUAACAUCCGACAUAUUGCUAAUUCUAUACGAACUCACGGGACAGGCAUCAUGAACACAACUGUCAACUUCACCUAUCAGUUCCUGCGCAAGAAGUUUUAUAUCUUCUCACAAUUUUUGUAUGAUGAGCAUAUCAAAGCGCGACUCUUAAAGGACAUUCGAUUUUUCAAAGAAACUCGAAAUGAAACAGAUCAGAAAUACCCGUUCGAAAGGGCCGAAAAUUUUAACAGAGGAAUACGAAAACUUGGCGUUGUCGAUGGCCAAAGUUAUCUCGAUCAGUUCCGGUUACUGGUCACACAAAUUGGAAAUGCAAUGGGCUAUAUUAGAAUGAUCCGAUCUGGUGGCCUCCAUUACGUCAGCAAUGCUGUGAGGUUUGUGCCCGAUCUUGAAGACAUAGUCUCCUUUGAAGAGCUGACAACAGAAGCUAAGCUCGGCGAUGAAACCACAGACGCCUCCAAGAAGGUUGAUGGUGCCUUAUCCGACCUGACCAAAAAUUUUGCCGAAGGAACUGAGUAUUUUAAGAUGUUAGUGGGCGUCUUCGCAUCACAGUUUCGCGAUUCCAAAAACAUGCAUCUGAAGAACUUUUACAUCAUCUUGCCACCGUUGAUUUUGAAUUUUGUCGAGCAUUCUAUGAACAGCAAGGAGAAAAUGAACAAGAAAAACAAAGUCGGUGCUGGGUUUACGGACGAUGGUUUUGUGAUGGGUAUAGCGUACAUUCUGAAACUGCUUGAUCAGUACAGCGAGUUUGAUGCAUUGCAUUGGUUUCACUCCGUCAAUGACAAAUACAACAAAGAAAAGCAAAACACGGUUACCAAAGCUCGUGAAGGAAAAGAUGAAAAGCUGCAACAAGCAACGAACCUUACAUUGAGACGACUCAAUGAUUAUCAAAGAGAAUUUGAAUUAGUUUAUUAUUCACUGAGCAGCGCAAGAAUUUUCUUCAGGGCCGAUAGGACAGCUGCGGAGGAGUCCGAAGAAAAAUCCCAAAAAACCAGUGCAGAUACACCACAAGCUUCAGAGACAGAAACAGCAACAACCGCAUAGUGACGUCAUUAGUCAGCUGAGUCAGGAAUAGAACUGCUUGAUAGAAGCGAAGGUACAUAGGUUAUCCCCGUAUUCACCCGUAUACUCUGCUUUGUUAAAUGAGAUUAAACAUUAGGUAUUCUGGAAAGCGCUUUAUUGGAAGGUUAGAGUUUUCAUAAGGGUCAUAGCAAAGAUACAAAUUGAUUCCCAUUUCCAUUAUGAUGAUUAUGUUUACUUGGCCUCCAAUUCCAACUUUUUGGCCUCCAAUUCAACAUCGACCUUUAAGGUAACCAUCUUCAUCAACAAAAUCCCCUGUCUUUGAUAUAACCACUAUUACCAGAAUAAGUUGCCUAAUAGUGAAGAUGAUUGGCAAAGAAAUGAAACGUUUAUUGAGACACUAUAUUAAGAGACUCUCCUCCAUAUGACUUUUGAAGCAAAAUUUCAGCAGAGCCUAAGAUUUGCUCUCAAUCUUUUAAUCGGCUUUGAUUUGUUAUUAUCUCAUAACUUGAUCAGAACAGGCGUGUGAAUCGGUGAGCCUAUCCUUAACUAAACUCUAGACACUACGAUUCAAGAAUAAAGAAAAACAAAAUUGUUCUGAUGGGUAAUUUCACAACUGAUUUGUAUAUAAGACGAUGAGCAUGUAUUUCAUUAUAUCUGAUAUAAUUGGUUUUGUAAUUUUGAAUAGUUUUGUAAGCUUUAAAGUUUACAAAUGAAGAAAAGAAAUUUAUGAUAA